AUGUCUAGUUGGUUCACAUCAGCUAUUCAAUCAGUUCGUGAUAAAUCGAUCGAUGCAUUAGAUUUUGUUCGUAGAGAUUUAGCAGAAUUUACUACAACAGUUAAAAGUGAUACAGAAACUUAUUUAAAUAAAAUCAAAAGUCAAGAUGUUGGAGAACUUGGUAUUAAUCGAUUUGUAUCAAAAUUAAGUAGUGAUAUUGGUAAAACAAAUAAUGAUAAUGGAACACAUUUACAAACAACACCAUCAUUCGAUCGAAUUCAUAAUGAAUUAACUCGAUUACAAAAUGAUGAAUCAACAUAUUUAACUGAUCCUAUUCCUAAUGAAGCCUAUGAAACAUGGCGACAAACAACAAAUUUUAAUGUUGAUAUACUCAAAGGAGAUAUAGCUCAAUUAUUAAUUGAUGCUCCAAAUGUUCGUUCAUUUUAUGCACAUCUUGUACCAGCACAUACAACACAUAAUAAUUUUUGGUCACGAUAUUAUUAUCGUUUACAUCUUAUUGAAGAAGAUGAAGCACGACGUACACAAUUAUUACGACGUGCACAUGAAAUAUGUUCAGAAAAUAAUGAUACGAUUGGAAAAAAUAAUGAAAAUGAUUGGGAUGAACCUGAUGAAGAUUUGUCAAAACAACCAUCAAAUAUAACUCAAGAGCCAAUAUCAGAAAUUCUUCCUGUUGAACAACAAGAAAUUCUUCCUGUAGAACAACAAGAAUCGACAGUAGUAGCAACAAAUUUAGAAGAAACAAAUACUCAACGAAAAGAAAGUGAUACAGUUUCGGGUGAUAGUUGGGAACGUGAAUUUGAUGAAACAGAUCUUAAUUCAUCAAUUAUACCAUUAAAAUCUCUUGAAGAUCCAUUAACAAAAUCUGAAGAAACAAUUACUUCUGAAAGUUUAUCAUCAUCAACAAUAACAACAACAGCAGCUGCAUUACCUUCAUCAUCAUCAAAUAAAAAAGCAGGAAACGAAUUUGAUGAUGAAUGGGAAGCAUGGUCAUAA